GUCAGAGGGCAUAAUUUGUGCUAUUCUUGAGUUGCAGUCAAGGACCACACAAAAUGAAUCCAAUGGUCACAAAGGGACCUCGGGCCACAGUUUGGACACCUCUGAUCUAACAGACCAGAUAAUCUAAGCUGUCAAAGCGGACAAAACAAGAGUAACGCAAGGGAGGACCACCAAAGAUGUCAUCUUCGUCAACAACGAACAACGCUCGCUUUCUGAUGUUCUUCGACUUCGAUGAGACGAUCAUCAGCGAGAACAGCGACGACACUGCGGUGAAUCUCUUGCCAAACCAGCAGCUUCCCAGGUGGCUCCUAGACAGCUACCGGGAGGGGCACUACCAUGAGUUCUCAGGAAAGAUAAUGGCCUACUUGGCAGAUCAGGGCAUUACCAAGGACGCCCUGCUGUCAGCAGUGCAGAAGAUCCCGCCCAAUCCGGGCAUGCUGGACCUCUUCCGCUUCCAGCAGAGCCACCAGCAGGACUUUGAGCUGGUGGUGGUCUCCGAUGCCAACACCAAAUUCAUUGAGACGUGGCUGGAGCACAACAGGCUGGGUCACCUCUUCCGGAGGGUCUUCACGAAUCCCUCCCACUUUGACGACAGCGGCCGACUCGUGCUCCACCCGUUCCACUCGCACUCCUGCCCGCGUUGCCCCGACAACAUGUGCAAGCAGGUGAUCCUCCACGAGUACGUGGCGAGCCGGGAGAAGGAGCGAGGUGGCGUCGGCUUCCAGAGGGUGUUUUAUGCCGGCGACGGGUCCAACGACGUGUGCCCCACUCGGGCCCUGGGACCCCAGGAUACCGCCUUCGCCAGGAGGGACUACCCCAUGCAUAAGCUGAUGAUGGAGAUGCAGCAGUCAGAAUCCACCAAGAUAAAAGCAAACAUAGUUCCCUGGGUCACCGGGGCGGAUAUAGAGGACUAUCUAGCAAAAAUAAUGAAGGAGAGAUGACUUUUUCUGUUUUUUUUUUUCUUUUUAAGUGUUAGGGAAAACAGGAAAGGUGAGAAAACAUUUGCAAUUUGCAGCAAAUUUAGAGAAAGUUUCUUCACAUGAUCAGUAAUCAAAAAAUUCACUUUUUACGUUUUGUUUUAGCUUUUUAAAAUUUUAGAAUAAAGGGAAACCGGAUGCUCCUGAUUUAAAGCUACAGUGUGUAACAUUUAGGAAAGAAAUUUGUUUUCUACAUAUUUGUUAAAAUCAUCAUGUCGGGACAAUAUAAUAGAAGAUAGACAAGUGAAAAAUGUAGCUCUUUUGCCUUCUCCCUGUACUAACUACAGAAGUAAGAAACAACCAAUCAGAAAUUGGAGGAGGCUCUUAGCGCUGUCAAUCACUCUUGUAAUAAGAAACUGCUUUCUCUUUGCUAAGCUAUAGCUGGUUCAUAUAGCUUUCCACCAAUGCUAAAGCUAGUUAGCAUAGCCACCAAUGACAGAUAAAUGGUGAUUUCCACCAUUAGCAUGUUGAGCAGCAUACAUGAGGUUGAUUGACAGCGAUAAGACCCGCCUCCUGGCUCUGAUUGGUUGUUUUUGCAGACCGCAAUAGCAGCUUAGGGAGGAUUAUCAGCCUCAUCACGAUGUGGUGACAGCUUUAGUAAAUAUGGAAAAAACAUAUUCUUGUAAAAGUUACAUACUGCAGCUUUAAUAACCUCAAGAGUAAAAGCAGUUUUUUAUGAAAAUACUGACUUUCUGACAGCAGGUGAGGUUUAUCCAGCUUCAACGCCUUGUUGGAGGUUUGACAAUGGUUACACGCGUUGGAUGUAGCGAGGGAUAAAGAUCGUGGCGGUUUAACGUUGCAGGGAUAACGUUGCAGAUACUCAGGCGCGGUACCAGAAACUUAAUCUGGGGAUUGAUUUUUACAGCAGUAAUCUACACCAGCGUGAAACACAACAGGAACGCUGAAGAAAUUCACUCCAUCUAUUCCCCCCAUGAAACAAUAUAAGGCAAAGUACAAAGUUUAGAUAUAUUUCCAGGUAUUAUAUAAAGCCUACACAAUUAUUGAUACCCCUGUAGGGAUGUGAAAAAAUCCUUUUUUAUUUUUAGAGUAAACAAUAAUGUUAAAUUAUUUUUUUAAACAUAUAUUUAAAUAAUAAUUCAAAUUAUUAUUUUAAAAAAUCCUGAAAUUAAAUUAAUCUCUUGUAAUGGAGGCAUAAUCUCACACUGAAACUUUAAAAAACUUCCAUGUUGGGUAGGGGAAGGCCACUAAUGCUUAGAAAUAAAAGUUCAUAAAAUCUUUUUUUUUCUGCAAAAAAAUUACAAAUGACAUAAAAUAUUUUCAAAAAGAGGCUUUUAUUCCCAUCAUAUGUUCUGUGAGCUGAAUAAUGUAGUACAAGGGCCAGGCUACAAGAAGUUUUUAUUAAUCACGAGAAUAUAGCCGCAAUAUAAUUUGUAUCUUUCAAAAUGGAAAAGAUGGUUGUCUCUAUGGCAACCAUUAAUAACUUUAUCACUAAUCUCUGUCUCUCAACAUGUCAUUAGGUGAUGAGCGUCUUAACUCCUUUCGCUUCUCUUAUUAUGCCAGCGAAUCAUCAGUUCAUCUUAUUUUGACGCUCCUAUCAGAAAAAGAGUAAACUUCCUUUCUGGAUAUUGUUGGAAACUGGUAAAACGAGUAUUAGAGUUAAACUAAUCCCCUUCAAUACACAAGAAAAAAACAACAAUAGCAGCAAAUACACAUGAGCUUAAAUAGAAAAUUAAACACAUGACCAACAUUAUGAAUUUAAAUGCAAAGCUGGGGAGGCGAAGGGACUGAAAACAAGCAGAAGGCAUCAGCGCCGGAUGAGGAGUCUUGGCACAACAUGCAGGGAGGAGGAAGGCAAGGGAAGAACAAAAUGUGCAAAACCUGCUGGUUAGAAAACUGUAGCAAAGAGUGGCUUCUUGACGUCAUCAAAUCUCAACCAUUGGAUGGGAAAAGUCAGUUUCUGCCCCACAAAUUUAAAGAUGAAUAAAUGAGUCUUUUUCUCAAGACUUUUGGGGGGAAAAAAACAUUCCAGAUGGAGCUGGUGUGGGAAAAAAAUCUCCAUAGUUUAAAGUAUAAAAUAUAUAUAUAUACACACGUAUAAUCAAGGGUGUCGUCAUGGAGUCACCAAGUCUCUAUGGCAACCAUUAAAAAAUUUCACCUUCAGUCUUUUUGGAUCUGAUGUGAAACAAACCUGUUGAGUAAGGUGGAGAAUAAUCAUGCUGUGGGCCUGUGUCUCACCUAAACGCCAAGGCUACCUUAUUAGAGUGCAUGACAUUAUGCAUGUUUUAGAAUAUAAUUUACAUUUUUAAUUAGAAAUCAGAUCAAUGUUUCACCAGACACAAAAUGAGCCCUUUAAAUGGUAAUUAUAGAAAUUCAGACCUAAAUCCUAAAAAACUAACAUUUAAAAACUGUGGAGUGAACUGAAAUGAGUAUCAUUGCACUAGGGAUUUUGUUGAAAAACUAAAAUUUCAUUAAAACGCAUUCAAAGGCUUUUUACACAUCUCUAACAGGGGUGCAAAAAACUUUUGAUAGGAAUAAUGUUGGAGUGUUUUGGUUUUUUUUUUUUUUGUUUUUUUUUACAAUAUUUGUUUAAUUUCCUCAACAAAUAACCCGAUCAAUCUCCUUGAUUAGCAAGAAAUACUAGUACUACUAGUACUAGUAAAUACUAAUAGAAUAUAUCUGUUUUUAAUAUUUUAAUAUGUUUGAAAUCAGACUAAAUGAGGCCUUUUUGACAUAAUUUCCCCCCUUGUUUAAAACAGUAUUGCAGAAUGUUGGUUCUUUCAAAUCCCAUCAGGUUUUAGAUUGAAUAAAUAACAGGAUGGUUGGUUGAUGUUAACGUAUUACUUUCCUUAUCAUACAGCUGUCAUUUGACACCAUGCAGUGGAAUAUUUGUGUGCUGAUUCAUUU